CAAGCUGAGCUUCUUUUGGUCGAGUCUGACGUCACGGGUAGCCGCUGAUAGGCGGAAUUCGACUGUGGGCGAUUGCCAUUGGUUGACGAGCCGGUAUAAACGGUGCUUUCACGGUAACCUGUUCCAGUUGUGUUGUUAUCCACUCACAGUACACUUGAAGAAUAGUAUGUAUAAAGUACUUCACAAUCAAGACAUCAAACACGAGUGUUCGCGGUCGGGGGGACUGCAUGCGUAUCCUGAUCACUUCAGGGAACCUAAAAAGUUCUACCUUUAAAUUAGCCGUCUGCUAAAUGAACAUCUAAAGGUUCCUGUCCUCCGGUAGGACACUGUAUAUAGUGUACAUAUCGCUUUUCUAACAAAGGAUCUCGCUCGGACAACUCGAGCAAUCUCGAAGGAUCGUACACAGUCACGCGGGGAUUUAAACGAGUCGAGAAACACGAAAGUUCGCACUAUACUCCCCCGCACGCACCACCCCUAGACGCACGACGUGUACCAAGCAAGCAAAUCGAGAGCAAGGCGACCAGAGAUAACAAAAAUGAGUACGACACCGGCCGACCUCUCUAUGGUGUUCAAGCUUCUCACCGCGGGCACCGCGGCUUGUAUAGCCGAUUUAACGACGUUUCCAUUGGACACGGCGAAAGUCAGAAUGCAGAUUGCCGGGGAAACCCGUCCUCUCCUCGUCACAUCGAUGGACGGCUCCAUGCUCGCGAUGAAAAACUCGCAGCCAGGGUUGUGGAGUACAGUAAAGAACAUCGUCAGAUUCGAAGGAACAAGGAGCCUGUACGGAGGUCUGUCCGCGGGACUCCAGAGACAGAUGUGUUUCGCCAGCAUACGGUUGGGCCUCUACGACCCGGUGAAGUCAUACUACGCUGGAAUCAUCGACGGUGAUAAGAGGAGCGGGUCGAUGAAUUUUUCCGUAUGCGUCGCCGCUGGAAUCACGACGGGCGCCGUAGCGGUGCUCCUUGCUCAACCGACCGAUGUCGUCAAGGUCCGCUUACAGGCUGGAAAUAAUGGCCUAUCAUCGGUGAGAUACAGCUCGACCCUGCAGGCGUACAAGAAUAUCGCUGCCGUAGAAGGGGCACGGGGCCUUUGGAAAGGAAUCGUUCCUAACAUCUCGAGAAACGCAAUCGUGAAUGUGGCGGAGGUCGUCUGCUACGAUGUCAUCAAAGAUUGCAUCCUGAAGUCCGGUUACCUCCGCGACGGAAUUCCUUGUUACGUGACGUCCGCUGUAGUAGCAGGACUGUGCACCACGUUGAUGGCGAAUCCCGUGGACGUGGUGAAGACGCGUUACAUGAACAGCGCUCCCGGCAAGUACAAGGGCGUCAGGGAUUGCGCUACCCGUAUGCUGAUGAAGGAAGGACCGUCUUCUUUUUACAAAGGCUUCGUAGCGAGCUCAACGCGACUAGUGUCCUGGAACAUCGUUCUCUGGAUCACCUACGAGCAGUUCAAUAAGUACAUAUGGAAGACGAAUGCCAACAAGUGAAUCCCAUCGCAGCGAACGCGUUCCGAACGAUCGACCGACGCACACCUGUCGAUCCGCGCAUGCAUACACGAUGCGUCUUAAACAACCUCACCUUCCUCGUGGUCUAUAUUUCAAUCGUGUAACUUAGGGAUGGGAGAAUGCCCGUGUAACCUUUAGAUUUCCUUGUUUCGAAUAGAACCUUCCCCGUUGCAGUUUGGGUAAUCUUCGCGAUAUUUGUACUACGCUCGAUAACAACUAAAACACGCUCUUAUAACAAGGUUAGUACCGUGUUAUAAGAGGGUUGACCGUGAUCGACCAUUAUAUUUAGUUUCUAUCGACGACGUUUAACGAUGUCUUACACGCAGACUACGAAUGAGAUCACGCUUUUUUAUAUUAGACGUUAUAUGGUGUGUAACGAUUGUUCGUCAAAAUUUUCGCCUAUGCGUACGUAGAGUGUGUUCACGUUUCCAUAGAAAAGCUUGGUAGCGAACGUCAGACAUUAGCACAAGAGAAUCGAAGCGCAAAUAUCUUUCGUUAAUUGUACGGAGUAGUUUCAUUGCGAACGACGGCAGACUAACUCUCCCAUCCGUCGUUGUACUUUUACUUUGUUUACCGUAGUUGCGAACGCGCGUGCACUCGACGUUGGAAAAAUAACAAACCGAAAUCACCGUUCGUCGUUUGGGAUUGGAGAGCGGAGAAAAAAAAUUGCCCAUCAAGAAUACUUCAUGUCGCGAUUUAAACAUUGGAUACGAUCGAUCGAUCGGCUUUCGAUUAUUACCGAUCAAACGAAAAAGAAAAAGACGCGUUUUUCGAGGAGUGCACGUACGGUCGAACAAGUCUUAGGAGUCUUUCGAUAAUCCAUAACGAGUAUUUCGGCUAUGUAAAUCAACACUGGUAGAAUAAUAGAAAGAGGAAAAGUGUCCGAACGGAUAGUUAUAUAAAAAAUUGCGCGCAUUGCGAAACGCCAGACAGACAAUAAGAUUCCAAGAAUUUAUUUCGACGUUUUCGCGGAGUUCCGUCGACAAGAGGUACACGUGUAUCGUUGUUAUAAUAAUUUACGUUACUCCAGACUCCGGUUAAAUUUCUCCGAGGUACCGUGGUCGCAUGCCAACAAAGAUCCUUCGCUGCUACCGUUUGCAUUGUCUCUUAAAUUAUGCAGGAAACGUCGAGUAUGAUUAUUUCUCGUAAUCGUUGCUAAAUAUCAACGCGGACGGAUAUUUCCCAGUCUCUCGUUUCCGGUCAAUUAAUAUCGUACAGGGCACAAUUUUGAUCAAAUUCCGAUCGAGAACUUGUAGUCUGUUUUUUAAAGCUAUGUUUACCAUCUACUGAUGUACGUUUCACAUUAAAGAGCAAUUCUUAUCUCGUUAUUCCGACUGUGUUAUCUUUUGUUUAUUUCACGUCGAUAAAAGUAUCCGUCAAAGAGAGAUCUUGCGAUGGUCACAUUCGUUCUCGUAUCGUUUAAGGAACUAUCGUUCAGCCAUCCCGAUCUUCGUGUAAUUCAUAAGUAUAACUCGAUUACCAAACAGUAUUAGUUUCGGAGCGAUGCUCGAACGUUUCGUUCGAAACGUUCAAAAUUCUUGACCUUCUUCGCAUGCCUUUUUCCACCGUUCGAGCUUUGUACACCGUCGACCGGGACAUAAACAUUGCAGCUUUUAGAAAGUUUCCCUGCUAUCAAGAUUUAAAUUUGACCGAUUUCAAAACCGUAUCGCGCAAGCCACUGUGUCCAUCGCUCGUAAAAGCUUUUAUUAAAAAUGUGCUGCGUAGCGACUCGAAUUUGGCAAACUUGGUCGGCGUAAUGUAAAAACCGGAAAUUUAGGGUAGCUGAUUGUCUCGUUUUUGAAUUAUGCUGUGAUUGGUCGGUGAUUUUCGUUAAUAAUUCAAAAACGAACCAUUUUACCACCCAUUUUCGGUUCUCACGUUAAUUCUCGGACACCCUGUAUAUCGAGAACUCAGCGAGAAACCGAUUUAAUUUCAGAGUUACUCGUCGCACCACCGAUUUGCUAGCCCUCUAGGUACUACGUACGUCGUUCGACGCAGAAAUUCCUCGCGCGUCUGCGAUGCUCAUAUUUAAUACAAGUUCGAGUUUACAGUAACGACGAGUGACGCGAGUUCAUUUUCGAAAUGCGUAGAGGUAGGGCUUCGGUUCUAAUUAGGAUGUAGGUAUAGCUUCGUAGGUAUAGCUUGACAUUUGUUAUAAGUUUUAAAUAAAAAUUCUUCAAAGUGUACAGAA